CUACACAUAAUUUCAUUUUUUUAAAAACUACACGUAGCACAAUAAAAUACUCCAUAACAUAUAGAAAUUUUGGUCUUUAUCUUCAAUUCAGAAAAAGGCAAACAUAACCGAUAGGACCCCCAUUUUCUGCUAAAGGAGCUUCCCCUAAUCUCUUCAACAUUGCCACAUUACAUUAUUUUCCACUAUAUGUAACCAAAAAUCCUAAGACCUAGAUUGAAUACAAAGAGAGUAUUGAUGGAAGCUUGUGAGGAAGAAAAUGGCAAAAAGAUACCAAAGUUGCCAUUAUUCAUGAGCCCUCCACCAAUGCAUUAUUCACCAGAGAGAUCAGGAACAAAAACUCCACCACUUCAUAUCACAGCGUCAAUACCAUUUGGUUGGGAAGAAGAGCCAGGAAAACCAAGACCAUGUACUGAUCUUGUAACAUUCUCAAAUCCAACACUAGUCAAGUGUUUGGAACUUCCUCCAAGGUUGUUCAUUGAUACAAAAGUUCCAUCACCUACAACAGUUUUGGAUGGACCCUACAAAAAAGAGUGUUGUGAUUCCUUUGGUUAUGAAAGUGGGAAACUUGGGAGUUUGAUUCUUAAGGAAGAAAUUAGGGUAAAGAAAAAAGGGUGUUUUGGUAAUUGGAGGAAAAAAGAUGUUAAGGUUAAAAAACAUGUUUUUUUAUCAUCUUCUGUUGAUAAGGAUAAUGAUAAUGUGGUUGUUGGUGGCAUUAUAGGUAGUGACAAGAAUGUGAAGAUGAGGAAGAAGAUAAAACAUUAUGGUAGCUUUGAUAAUCCAUUUCAUGUCAAGUCUCUUGUUUGGACAAAGAUGUGUGAAGGAUGGAAGCGUGUGGUUCCAUGGAAGAGUGAAAAAGUGAACAAGUAUCAGUGUUGGUGGUUUUAGGAGCUAUAGUAUUUUAGACUGUCAGGUCAAAAUCAAUUAUGUGCAUGAUGACCACUACAUAUGUACCAUGUUUUGCCUAAUUUGUCCUUUACAUAUCUUCACCAAAUCAAAUGUCACAGGUCUCAUUCAAGGUCUAUUUCUUCUUCUGUUGCUACACCACUGUCUGUGACACUUUGCAUUGAAAGCUGCUCAAACCUUGUUUAAUUCUAACCAUAUUAAUCUUUUAUUUUAA